CCUUGCUGGAUGUCUAUGGCUCCGAGAUGGAGACCACGUGAGUGUCCAGAAAACCUCCAGAAGAACUGGCUUCGGGAGUUUUAUCAGGUCGUCCACGCUCAUAGGCCACACUUCCUGGCCCUGCACUGCCAGGAGUUCGGAGGGAAGAACUAUGAAGCGUCCAUGUCGCACGUGGACAAGUUCGUCAAGGAGCUGCUUUCCAGCGACGCGAUGAAGGAGUACAAUCGGGCGCGGGUCUACCUGGACGAGAACUACAAGUCCCAGGAGCACUUCACGGCGCUAGGAAGCUUCUACUUUCUUCAUGAAUCCUUAAAAAACAUCUACCAAUUUGACUUUAAAGCCAAGAAGUACAAGAAGGUGACCGGCAAGGAGAUCUACUCGGACACGCUGGAGAGCACGCCCAUGCUGGAGAAGGAGAAGUUCCCGCAGGACUACUUCCCCGAGUGCAAGUGGUCGCGGAAAGGCUUCCUCCGGACGCGGUGGUGCCUCGCUGACUGCGCCUUCGACUUGGUGAACAUCCACCUCUUCCAUGAUGCUUCCAACCUGGUUGCCUGGGAGACCAGCCCCUCCGUGUACUCGGGGACCCGGCACAAGGCCCUGGGCUACGUGCUUGACAGGAUCAUCGACCAGCGGUUCGAGAAGGCAUCCUACUUUGUCUUCGGCGAUUUCAACUUCCGGCUGGAUUCCAAGUCCGUGGUGGAGGUAGGCCCCGUGGGAGCCUCACCUGCGUUUGGUUGUGUUGUGUAAACAGCAGAGCCCGUGGUCCUCAACAGGCACGUUCCCGCCCUCCUGCUCACUGGUUUGGUUAUGGCUGAAACGCCUCUUAAAGGACGCCGUAAUGUUACGGGGGGCCCAUUAUGGGAAGCUGGGGCAGGAGGCUGCGGUGAUGAUGCCUCCUGGUCAGCGGUUCACGCCCGGUGCCUCCACUUCCCCUAGCGUCUCCUGAGCCCUCAGGGGG